UACAGGGAUGACCAGAGACUGCGGACACAGUACAGGGAUGACCAGAGACUGCGGACACAGUACAGGGAUGACCAGAGACUGCGGACACAGUACAGGGAUGACCAGAGACUGCGGACACAGUACAGGGAUGACCAGAGACUGCGGACACAGUACAGGGAUGACCAGAGACUGCGGACACAGUACAGGGAUGACCAGAGACUGCGGACACGGUACAGGGAUGACCAGAGACUGCGGACACGGUACAGGGAUGACCAGAGACUGCGGACACGGGAUGACCAGAGACUGCGGACACAGUACA